AUGCACCCCAAAGUUUUGCUUAGACAAUUACCGCAGGCACCGUAUCGCUCAUGCCUUGUUUUAAUCCGGACAUGCACGGAUAUUUACCACACAAACACACAUUCGCUCUACCAGUUUACGGUUACUGUAGACAACUCCUUCUCCCUCUUCUCUCUCUCUUCCCUUUCUCUUGGUUGCCAGCUAGUCUCUACAUUAGCUUCAAAGGUGUGCAAUCAUGGUGUACCUGUGUCUAUUGACGAGGAACACUACUUCUUAUCCUUCUCUGUGGAUGAGGUUUUAUUCUGUCAGGAGAAGGAAGCGAGGGCGAGGGCGAGGGCAAGGGCAAAGAAAAAUGGCUCGCCUCAACCAAGUGUCUCUCUUCCUGGCCGUCCUGCUGUUGGUCUUCAAGACAGCUAAUGCCAGUUACGCAUACUGCAUCGGCCUCCACUUCGACAACGACAUCCUUUACUCAACCAAGGCUUCCUUUUCUCUUUGGGACGACGCAGGCGAUAAUGCCGCCCAGUACCGAACCAUUUAUUCCGCCUCCAAGACUACCUUGCAGAACAACGGCUGGACUCUUAAUCUCGGUAUCAACCAGGGAAAUAUUAUGACUUCACUGAUGAUUUCUUCUAACAAGUACAGCGGUCUUCCCAGCUCGGCCUAUUACGAGAGCCUUUGCUCCAAUGGGUACACCAACUUCUACUAUGGCUGCUUUGAAGACGGCAACAGUAAUUGGUGCGUCAACAAUGAAGAAUGGCACAAAAACGAUUGCAGCUCGAACCUCAAUUUCGGUUCUAUUCCCUAUAGCUGCUAGUCUCCUUUCACUUUGCCUCUACUCCCGCCUCUUCCUCAUAUCUCCCUGUAACGUGAAAAGUAUUCGUCUCGUUCCUCUUCUUUCAUCACGUAAAAUAAAGUUUUUGAAAAGUCAUACUCGGUAAAGUGGGUUCUAUCUAACAUCUUCGGUAGACACACUAGUCGUCAGUUAUUAAGUAGAGGAUUUUUUGAGUCUCUCACUUACUCACUACUCCAGCCAACUCCCUGCGGAUGCAGUU